AAACAAUGCAGUGCCUACUCAGAUUAAAGCAAGGGGCUGGAUACCUAGGAUUGUGCAAGGGAGCUCCCAGGAUGGGAUGGAGCUGGCUCUGAUAUCACAUCUGUGGACACAGAGGGUUGGGAACACCAUUGGAAUCCCAGAACAGUGCAGACUUUUGACUUGGGAAGCCUUCCCAGAGGACAGCAACUAGCUGGAAGUACUGAAUGCUGGUUUGUGUGUGUGUGUGUAUGGGGUGGGGGGGGAGGAGUGUCCGGCAUUUGACUCCAAUUAAGGUGAAAUCUGGAGAGAACAGGAAGGAGAGCAAAAAGUGGAUGUGAUGAAGGAGUCAAGGUGCCUCCCAGCAGCUCCAUCUUCUGUGGGGAGAGAUGGAUGGACAGAAGUGCUGCCGUUUGCGACAACCUGCCUCCAAAAUGUAAAUAAGAAAAUCCCGCAAGAGAACCUGGUUCAGUCGUGCUCGCUCUGUUAAGAUCUAUUUCAUCCAGAGCAGACAAACGUUCGCCACGGCUGCUCCAUUGGAGGAGAAGUAGAUUACCUGGAGCAGAAGAGCUAAAACCCCUCUCGGUGAAGUUGGAUUGGUCUGGGGUGCUUUCCCCACCUCUGUAUACAAAUCAUCCUAAUCAUGGGCACUGUGUAACGGCAGCAUAUGGCUGUCUAAAGUGUCGAGUUGCUUCCUUUUUAUUUCUUAUAUAAGUUUGAACAAUGAUCACAGUCAAUUCGGAUGGAAAAAUAAUGAUCAGAAGAUGUCUUGUCACCUUGAGACCUUUUAGGAUAUUUGUGCUGGGCAUUGGAUUUUUCACCCUGUGCUUCUUAAUGACAUCUUUGGGAGGCCAGUUUUCAGCCAAAAGGCUGGGAGACUCUCCCUUCACCAUCAGAACCGAAGUGAUGGGCGUGCUGGAGUCCAGAGGGGUGCUGCGGAAGAUGAGCGACAUGCUGGAGAUGAUGGUGAAGAGGAUGGACGUACUAGCCAGGCUGGAGAAUAGCACUGACUCCCGGAAAGGGGAGGAGGCACGUUUUUCUCCGGACAGGUUCCAGCCAGUGGCAGGUUUGAUGGAGAGGAUCCAAGCUAUUGCUCAGAAUGUCUCUGACAUUGCAGUGAAAGUAGAUCAGAUUCUCCGGAACAGCCUCAUGAAUGGGAAAGUGAUAGAAGGCAGACGGGACCAGUGUGAGGUGCCCAGAGACCCCAAAUACCCUGACUGCUCUGGAAAAGUGGAGUGGAUGAGGGCCAGGUGGACGUCCGACCCCUGCUAUGCAUUUUUUGGCGUGGACGGCACAGAAUGCUCGUUCCUCAUCUACCUCAGCGAAGUUGAGUGGUUUUGUCCUCCGCUGCCUUGGAGAAAUCAGACGGCAGCCAUGCCUUCCUCAAAGCCACCGCCCAGAGUGCAGGCAGCUUUUCGGAACAACCUCUCUUACCUCCUUGAGCUGAUCGGGAGUGGCAAGGAAUCCUUAAUCUUUAUGAAGAAGAGAGUCCGGCACUUGGCCUCCCAGUGGCUUCUGGCGACCCGUAGCCUGGCGCAGAAACUGAAGGGCAGACGGAGGGAUCAAAAACAGAUCUUGAUUCACAUCGGCUUCCUGACAGAGGAGUCAGGGGAUGUUUUCAGCCCCAGGGUGCUGAAGGGGGGACCUCUGGGCGAGAUGGUCCAAUGGGCAGAUAUCUUAGCUGCCCUCUUCCUUCUGGGACACAGUCUGAAAGUCACAGUUUCUUUGAAAGAGCUGCAAAGUAAUUUAGGGGUGCCUCCGGGACGGGGCAAUUGUCCCUUGACUGUCCCUUUGCCCUUUGACCUCAUUUACACUGAUUACCAUGGCCUCCAGCAAAUGAAGCAACACAUGGGGCUCUCCUUUAAGAAAUACAGGUGUCGCGUUCGUGUCAUUGAUACCUUUGGGACAGAGCCAGCCUACAACCUUGAGGAGUAUGCCACUCUGCAUGGCUACCGGACAAACUGGGGGUACUGGAACCUGAAUCCCAAGCAGUUCAUGACUAUGUUUCCUCACACUCCCGACAACUCCUUCAUGGGCUUUGUGUCCGAGGAGCUCAACGAGACUGAGCGGCAGUUCAUUAAGUCUAACAAAGCAAGCAACAUGGCAGUGGUGUAUGGGAAGGAAGCCAGCAUCUGGAAGUUGCAGGGCAAAGAAAAGUUCCUGGCCAUCCUUAACAAGUACAUGGAGAUCCACGGCACUGUUUAUUAUGAAACCCAGCGUCCUCCUGAGGUCCCAGCCUUUGUCAAGAACCAUGGCCUUCUGCCACAGCAUGAGUUCCAGCAGCUUCUGAGAAAAGCCAAGCUGUUCAUCGGAUUUGGAUUCCCCUAUGAAGGUCCUGCCCCUUUGGAAGCGAUAGCCAAUGGGUGUGUUUUCCUGCAGUCUCGUUUCAACCCGCCGCACAGCUCCCUCAAUCACGAAUUCUUCAGGGGGAAGCCUACGUCAAGAGAGGUGUCCUCCCAACACCCCUAUGUGGAGGAUUUCAUAGGGAAACCUCAUGUGUGGACGGUGGACUACAAUAACUCAGAGGAGUUUGAAGCCGCUAUCAAAACUAUCAUGAGGACCAAGGUAGACCCUUACGUACCCUAUGAAUACACCUGCGAGGGGAUGCUGGAGCGGAUUCACGCCUACAUUCAGCACCAGGAUUUCUGUGCUGGAGCUUCUCCUCCUCUGCCAGCGAAGCCCAAUGGCCAUGCUAUGCCAAGCUCGCCAAACCCGUUCACCCUGUCGCCAAACGCCACUCACCUUGUGUGGUCGUACAACGGCAGCAGCACCCCCCAUGUCUGGCCUCCCAUGAGCUCCAUGCAGGUGUGGGUGUCUGAGGCUGGGCGAGCCUGCACUGAGACCUGUCAGGAGCACGGGCUGGUCUGCGAGCCAACAUUCUUCGAGUUUCUCAACAAGAAGGACGUGUUUCUCCAGCUUCGCAUUGCCUGUGACACCACGGAGUCCGAGAUGAACCACCUCUACCCAGCACUGGCUGAAAAUGUGCAGGAGUGCUACCUUCAGAAGGAACCGCUGCUGUACAGCUGCGCAGGCUACAGCACCAAGUACCGGCGCCUCUGCCCAUGUCGCGAUUACCGGAAAGGACAAGUGGCGCUGUGCAGGGACUGCUUGUGAUUCUCCCAGAGCCCGGAGAGCGUGUGUUGUGACACGCCACACGCAACAAGUAGCUUUUUCUCAAAGCUUCUGCAAUACCCAAGAAGGACAGGACAGCUCCCUCUUCUUGGAAACUCAUGUCGAGACUUUGGAUGUCAGACUCUGUCGGUUGUUUUAUCUGCCAGUCAAACGUCCGUGAAUCACCAUCUGCUCAUGUUGGAUUUUUUUUUUCUUGAGACACAUCUCCUUCCACACCCAAGCCCACCUGGACUUCAGAGGAGCCCAGAGCUGCUUCAAGUAGGACAAGGCACCAGGAGCCUUUGGGUUUGGGUUUCAUCCUCUUUGAACGUCCUCAUUUAUUUAUUUAUAUUUUUUAUCAAAUUAAAGCAGCAAAACAACCACCGGUCCUUCCUGAGGAGUUAUUUGGAACAACCUCCUUAGAAAUACUUACGUGGGGGUGACAGAUCUUGGAAGGCUCCAAUGCCAGACGCAUCUAGAAAGAUGCCUUCGAGUCUAUCAGUGCGAUCAGCUGUCCAGCCUUUGGAAGGGGAGGGGGAGGCGUUCUACACACGCUGACGGGAGCACGUCUCUUGUUCUGUUCCCACCACUAGCACUCGUUAGAGCUUGGGACCCCGGCCCUGCAGAAGUGCGGGGAUUCUGGGCAUGACAUCACAGCACCAGAGACGAGCGUCCCAGUGCGGUAGCUCAGAGGGGGUGUUGAUGUUUGUGGCAUUCAUGUGCCAGAACAGAGCGUGCAGGGAUCGACCCGUUCACAGCUGGGGCCAAAGAGGGACGUUCAAAGGGAGGGAGCUGACCCCGCCCCACCAAGUGGUUCCCCAUCUCUUCUUGCAGCUGUACUUGUUUCCCAGAUGAAGGCCUUGGCUGUAGCAGCCAGUCCUCACCAUCCCCAGGACGGGGUGCUCUUCCCCUUUAAGGGGCUGGGGGCCUGGGGCCAGCCAGCCCUGUUCCAUUAUCAGACCCAGCUGGGAAGGGGUCAGGUGUGUUCCAGAAAGGUCUGAAAGAGCUGCUGGAAGGGGAGCUCUAGGAGAGAGGUUGGUGCCUGGUCCUGGAGCAAAGGGGUGGGAAUAGGGGCAGAGUGCAGGGGAAAGACCCCUGCAGCUAGGGUUGCUCAGGGGAAGAGCUUUGUUUUGUGUUACUUUGUGAGUUUUUUGUUUGAAUUAAGAUCCGGCCCCAAGACAGCCCAUGGGAGAGGUGUUAGUCCUCUAAAGGCUGGGGAGACAGGCCAACAGCCCUACAAACUCCCAUUCAGUCAGAGACAUUCUGCACCACCAGGCAGCAUAGGCUGCCCCUGUGAGAUCGGGGUGUGGAGCAGCCUGACCCCUGGCAGGUUUGAGCGGGCACAGCAGGCGGAGGGGUGGGGGGGAGGGUUAGCUGGGCAGCAGGAGCAUCACAGAUGAGAGAUCCCCCCCCCAAAAAGGGUGGCCCCUGCCCAAGGAAUCUGCUGGUCUCUCGCCGCUGGGGGAGGGGGCACACAAUGCUCACCCCCUCCACUGGGAGCCACCCCCGGAGUGAGCCUGGCAAUUAUCUCUACUGCCUAUGAGCAGAAUCCACUGUGUGGAGGCUGGGGGGCUCUCCCGGUGCCGGCGCAGGGCUGGGGUGGAGCGUGGGGGGCGGGGCUCUCUCCCGGUGCCGGCGUGGGGCUGGGGAGGAGGGCUGCACUGGAGCUAGUGGGGGAGUUCACCCCAUUUGUGAAGAGGCGCUGGGACACCCGCCUUCCAGCUUGUGACGCUGAUCGGCUGCCGUUCCCCUCGGCCUCUCUCUUGCUUUCCCAGGGUGACAACUUAGGAUCUCUGUGUCUUCUGUACUCUGAUUGGGGUCUGUGCAGUGAGAUGCACGUCAGAGAGGGAGAGGUUCAGUUCUCACAGCAGGGGAUGCGGGCACCUCGCCGGGCUCUCAGGGGAUGAAGCUACAUGUUCUCUCUGCCCGCCUGCCUGCCUGCCAGCACCUGCCCAGGCUGUGAUCCUGCUCUGCUGUGCGAAAGGACGGCAAGACUGCCUGCUGCACCCAGUGGGGGAUGAAGGGGCUGGGCUGUAGCUGGAAUCCCAGGAGGAAUGCUGGCUGAGUCUGCCAGCCCUCCUCUUAGGGGGUCCCAGGGUGUGCACCCCCUUUUCAGAGUCCUCCCCUCCCGCUGCUCAGCCAUCUCCGAGGGCUAGUCCAAAGGGAGGGGAUGUCUCCAUCCUCAGCUGGCCCACCCGUCAGAGUACCAGCACCUCUGGAGUGCUAACAGGGAGCCCCUGGGUCCUACACCCUGCCCCUCUCACCUCACCUCCAGGUGUGUGGCGUGAAGUGGGCUCUGGGCAUGCCAGCUGGAUUGAGCCCCGCUCUCUCCACCUGGUUGGAGGAUAGUGCUGGGGUUUAGGCAUGGGACGGGUGCCUGGAGGCCUGCCUGGGGCAGCAGUGCGCAUGCUUGGGGCAGAAACUUAGGUACCUUGGGGCUUGUACUGAAAAAGUUUAGGUGCCGGGUAAGUUGAGGUGCCUUCAGGGCUAGGGGGCAGCUGAGUGGGGGUCUUGUGGAUCUCAGUGAUGCCUAAAAACUGGGAUUUAGGUGCAUAAAGCCCAGAUUUAGGCAGCUCAAUCACUUUGUGCGUGUAGGUCUUCGUCUCUCUCCGUGCCUCCUAGCCCCCUCUGUAAAACAGGAUCAUAAGGUUUCCCUCUUGUCUGUCAAGGGGGUGCUCAAAUACUGUGGUGGUGGAGGCCGUAGAAAGACCAGGCUGUACCCUAGGGGAGGGUGUACUGCUACUUUUGGGCUGCCCUUGCUGUAAAAGGGAAGUGAUUUGCAGUGUUCUCACUGUCCAUGUGCAACCAAACGCCCCACCUGGCUGGAAGGAGGAAGAUCAGCAGACACCAAAUCAGUGAAGGAAAGACGGCCCACCAAGCAGCAGGUGGGAUUCUGACAUCUUGUCUAUUAUUGUGGGUGAAAAGAAUCAAUAGAUGUUAAAGGGUCACAGGCUCCCAACAGCACUUCUUUAACCGCAUCAAAUCAGACCAUGACAAGAAAAUGGAGAGUGGCAUUGCAGUGGGAAACAAGGGGAAAGCCAAGGGCUAGCCAGCUGCAGCCCUGAUUUCAGAGUAGCAGCCGUGUUAGUCUGAAUUCACAAAAAGAAAAGGAGUACUUGUGGCACCUUAGAGACUCACACAUUUAUUUGAGCAUAAGCCGAUGAAGUGAGCUGUAGCUCACGAAAGCUCAUGCUCAAAUAAAUUGGUUGGUCUCUAAGGUGCCACAAGUCCUCCUUUUCUUUCUGCAGCCCUGAGUACUUACUCGUAUUCUCAACGGGAAGGGAAGCAUCAGUAGGAUGAGCCAAGGGGAGGAAUUACUGCUGGACUCAGGAUGCUGAGUUGUGCAAAGAAACAAAAAUCUGGGGGACCUUGAAUCCUUCCCCUGGUCACUGAGCCACAAGGCCCUUAAGGCCCACGUGUGCGAAUUCCCGUGCAAUGUCUGUUCCGUCUGCAAAACCCCUCACCUUUGCCCCUUGUGUGCACAAAUUAUCUGUCUGCAUGUGCAAUUUGUAAGCCAUGCUAGUGCAGUGGGAGACUUUGUCCCUGUCUGAUGGCAGGUCUGUAUAAGAGGAUAAAUGCCUAUUACUGUUGCCGCCUUAAGACAUGACUCCUUUGGCUCAAGUGGGCGCGGUUCAUGCUUUUUAACACUGACGGGCUCUGGUUCAAAUCCAAAUGGAGUAGGAGGCAUACAGUCGUCUGAUUUCUGAGGAAAUUGGGAGGGUGCCUGUGGGUUUCUCUGUUGCAUGGAGCCCCAUGCGUUACCAUUGGGUGCAGCCACAAUUUGCUAAAUGAGACUGCUGCUGGAUACAACACAUCCUCGCUAGGACGAUUAACCUGUGCUUCUAGCCCCCCUGUUUGACCGCUGCUCCUUCCCAGCAGUACCACGUUUCAGUGCACUGCCGACUUUUCUGAGAGCUUUCAGUCUCUGCUGUGCCAGCCUCUGACAGCAUGACCAUCCUACUGGCUACUGCCAGCCCUUCUGAUCUCCCUAGGUAGAAAUGGUACCUGACACCAAUGAUGGGCAUUAACUCUUUCUGAAUACAAUGUACAGAGGGCUUCUGAUUUGGGGCUUUAUUCAUUUAAAUUUGGGGAGGGUAUUUUAGUGAUUUUUGAAUUCUAUGUCCAUGUCCAAAAAUCAGGCCUUUUCAGGGCUUUCUCUGAUAUGGAAGAGAUUUUUGGGGGGUACUUCCCAAAACUCUUCUCUGAAUAGGAUCCACUUUAAUUUGUAUGACAUGUAUAACAAUGGCUUACACAUGGUUUAAGCUUAGCAUGCUCGUUAUUGAACCCCUGGUCUGGUGUUUCGUGCAUUUGUUCCCUCGUGCACGUUAACAGAGUACUGUGUCAAACAGCACUACGUUAAAGUGCAUUAGGGAAACUUUAGUAUGCACAAGCAGGGUCUACGUGGACCAAUUCAGUCACACACCCAGAGCCCACUUUAUUGCUUCCUGUAGACAACCUCUUUGAUGCAAGCCAGAGAGCAGGAGCAUCCCCUAGAGAAACAAACAUCACUGGAAAAAGGGUGACAUCAGCACGAACCGAGUAACCAUUUCUGGGUUUUUCUGGCGUUUAUUGGAUAAACCAAUUUCAUUUUUUUAUCAUCAGUGGUGUUGUACUGGUGUUUAUUGGUUAAAACCUAAAAUCAGAAGCCCUAAAUACACCGCACGCAACACCGCAGACCAAGCAGCAUCACCAGCUCCCUGCUCAGAGAGCUGUUUUGAAAUGGUGCCACAUGGGGGUAGUGUAGAGAUUCACACACAUUGUGUAUCCGCCUUCUCCCUUAAUAAUAUGUGUACAGUUCUCUGCUUUGUCCUUGCCUCUCUUUGUCUCUUGUUUUAUAUGAAAAUAAAAAUGACCGGCAUAUGAAAGGGAAGGCUUAUUCUUUGUGUCUCUCUGGAUGGAUUGGGAACUGUUCUCAGCCUGGGAUCCUACAGAGGGUGGGAGCAUUUCUCAGCUAUUGUGAUAACAAGAAGGAAGGUGAUGCCCCCAUGUGGUUGGUUGGAGGGACCAAUGAGCCAUGUUCUGCUGCAGAUCAGGCUUCUGUGCCAAAAGAAACCAGAAAUGUGGGGAGCAAAGGCCUCUGGCUGAGGCACGUAAACCUGUCCCUCACCUUGCAUGCCAGUCAAUGCUGUCGCAUUAGGAGACGCUGCUGUAAUAAAGAGCCAGCUCCCCGCUUGUGCACCGGAGGAUAUCUGGCCCCACACGAGGAGAAAGCUUCUGCGGUGACAGUCACUCUGCACGUAUUGGGGCAGGGAGGGAUGCAAUCGAGCCAACUCAAGAGCUUUUAACAAUAUUUAUUUCUGGUAAUAACUGAUACAUCAGCGAGAUGAGGAAAAAGAUGUGAUGGAUCGUUUCUUUUGCUGCUUGCAUUUGCUUUUUCAUUGUCAGUCUCUCUCAUCUCUCCAGGUUGGGUCUCUGAGAUCCCCCAUGUCAACAUCCUUUUGAGUUCUUCAUCUAAUUAUUCCAGGAGAUGAUGGGCCUAAUUCCCAUUUACACAGGGGCCACUCUGCAUCACUCUAGCAGUUUGAGGGGCCUUAUACUGGGAGUAGAUGUAUUAUUAUUUGGAUGGCACCUCAGAGCCCCACUCAGGACCUAGUGUUCUAGGUGCUGUAAAACACAGAUCUAUAAGAUAGCUCUACCCCAUGAGUUUGCAAUUGAAGUAAGUGUAAUUUACUCCAUUUUAAGUCCCCUUUACACUGCCUGUGGUGUAAAGUAGCCUUAGCAUAAAUGAGAAUUGAGCCCUAUGAAUUAAAACCAAUAAUGCACUCUCCUAUCCGUGAAACGAUAAGAAAACAAAACAAAAAUAUUUCAUCCUUACCUGGAAAGAUGGGACCCAAAUGUUUCAUGCCAUGCAUGUUACACUAGCACAAGUCCUCACAUAAAGCAGUGAAAACGCAGUAUGAAAAAUCAUUUUAAGGUACUUGUCAUAAUUUGUAAAGUAUCCGUAUUAGUCACCAUUGCCUAGAGAAACUGCUUGAGUGCUUCACAUUUCAAUUUUUUUUCCCAUUCCUUUACCAAAAUGUGUGUCUUAGAUUGCAUAUUUGCAGACUGGUUUAUUAAUGCAGGGUGGCUCAUGAGCACGAGGAUACAUCUGCUGGUUUGUGAUUGUAGGGUUGUGCAUUUGAGCAGGGAUGCAAAUACUGGUUUGUUAUUGUAGGGUUGCUCACUCAGGCCUGGCCGUGAAAGCUAACUUGUUAUUGGGGGGUUGCUGCUAACAUUUAUUUUUUCUUAUACUGGAGUUGUAUAACCUCUUUUGAAUUAAAAUAGCUAUAAAGUUAUAUGGAGUGUUGAAACAGGGCUGAAAAAUAAAACAGAUUGGUCACAUGCU